UGAACAUUAUGUACGAGGAAUGAAGGAUACCUCACUCGAGAAAACUCAAAAGUUGAGCAUUUGCCGUCUUUCUUGUCAUGGAUGCAAGAAUUAAAUUUCGAGUGCUUGUUCCGCUUAUGGUGGCAAUAUUAGUCAUGAUUUUGUUUUUCCAAAAGUUAAUGCAUACUCAAAUUAAAGUCAUAAAUUUGGUCAAAGAAGUGAAAGAUGAUUUUCACAAUGAAGGAGAAAUUACUUCAAAGUUAAUGCAGUCAAAAAAUAAAGCCAACAUAGCAAAUGCAAUGAAGAAACAAGAAUUUGAGAAAAGUCCAAAGAAACUAACUCAAAUGACAUCAAUGAGUUUUCCAAGAAUGAUAAGUGGAGAUAAAUUGGUACACUUGGAUUUGAAAGGUGCAGCUCCAAAAAUGCUUUAUAUCAUAAAGUUACUGCCGACGUUGAAGUCCUUAGGAGCUACGGGAUUGUUGGUUGAAUAUGAAGAUAUGUUCCCGUAUUAUGAUGAACUUUCUGUGUUAAAGUCGCACAAUGCAUAUAGUCUAGAUGAAAUCAAAAAAUUUCUCAUUGAAAUAAGAAAUAAUGGUCUUUUAAUGAUUCCUCUUGUACAAACAUUUGGUCAUAUGGAGUUUGUCCUGAAACACAAGAAGUUCUCUCAUCUCAGACAUGUUGCUAAUAUGACAACUGCCGUUAAUCCAAAUCAUGAAGGCUCUUUUUCUCUGGUUAAAAAUAUUAUUGAUCAAAUCAUCAAAAUACACGAAGGAUAUAUUGAAUAUGUGCAUAUUGGUGGUGAUGAGGUUUGGAGCCUUAAAGAUUGUUCAUCUUGUGAACCUUCCAGCAAAGUUUAUCUCAAGCAUAUGUUACCUGUCAUUGAAAAUGUUGUAUCGAAAAAACUCACGCCAAUAAUUUGGGAUGACAUGAUGAGAAGAUGGAGUGUCGAGAACUUGAAAAAGAUCGGAUCAAGUGGUGUGCAACCUAUGAUUUGGGCUUAUCCACCUCAACUUGACACAUUUUUUCCUGAAGGAAUGUGGCGUAGAUAUUCUCGGGCUUUCUCGUCAGUGUGGUUGGCGAGCGCCUUUAAAGGUGCAGAAACACCAUCGACAAAUUUUGUUCCCAUUUCCGUUCGUCUUCAAAAUCAUAGAUCAUGGAUGAAGAUUUACUCAAAGUUAUCUCGACAUAUAAAAAUCAAUGGAAUUGUUCUAACUGGAUGGAGUAGGUUUGAUCAUUAUGCGUCCAUGUGUGAAUUAUUACCUGCUGGUCUACCUUCAUUGGGUCUCUGUUUGACUAUUUUAAAAGAAGGCUCAUUAACGAAUAAAUCUUUAUGGCAAGUUUCUACUACCCUUGGCUUCAAAUCACCCAUCUUUUUACACUCUUAUGACAUUCCUAAAGAUGUUAGCGAAAAAGACGAAGGAACAUUUCUUGGUCACGACAUUUAUGGAAUUGUAUUGAAAUUGCGAAGAGCGUAUAAUGCUCUUGAGUCAGUUGAAAAACGAAUUCCUGCCUGGUUUAAUCGCAGACAGUUUGCCACCUCAAGAAUCAGUAUUUAUCAACUUACUGUAUCUUUCCAAAAGUUAAAGAGUGCAACGAACCGACUUACACCAUUAAUUAACUUGGUGAGGGAAAAGUUCCCAAAAGUAUAUCAUGAUGACACGACAGAGGAAUGGAUAAACGAUAAAAUAGAAAAUGUGUUGACUCGAGCCGUAGAGAUAGAAAAAUAUUUGAACAAUAUUAAAAGUACCGUAUUAAAAUUAUAAAUUAUAUUUUGUUUGAGAACAUGUCAUGUUUUUUCCCCUACGAAUUUGAAAUAGGUACCACGUACCAACAAUAAAUUUUAGAUAAAUGCAAUCACGGGGCACAGUGAAUCAAAUUUCAGGAGGAAAACUA